GCUAUCGUUAAUAAUGGUCAUGUCUUCAUUACUUCUUUAAAGGUUUUCAGUGUGGGGAACGUUCGUUUCGAUUUCAGGAAAGGAUAAAAGGGAAAAACAAAUAACACAGAGCAGAGACCACAACUUUAGACAUCGUUCCCCGUGUGGUCGCGUUCGGUAGGUAUUGUUAUCCUACUGAAUAUAGCAAGUUCUGUGUGAACAACGCUUUUGAAGUGUGUCCAUUUUUGUGCUUUAUGUUUACCAAGCUUCUUGUGUUUGUAGGUUAAUUUUCUUAAUGCAUUCUUUAGAACUAGUCUUGUGAUGGUCUUGCGACCAGUUAAAUUACUAACAUAAGGUUUGGCGCCCGAGUAAUCCAUGGCAUCUCGUAGACGCUAGCCUGCUGACUAUUAGCUGAGUAGACAUAAACAGCUUUUGGUUCGCUGGGUUUAUUUGAACUCCUCGCUCCUAAAUUUAUCCUCUAUUAUUUUCUCGCUAACGAAUAUUCGGGAAGAAACUUGUAAACGUGUUAGGUCGAUAACGAGAGGAUUACGAGGCUUUUGUGAGAACGGAAGCUACAGAUUUUCUUCAGUCUCGUAAGAAGAUAGCGAGUCGAGAUGUAUAAUUUCCUUCGCAACUCGGUAUUACAUCGAAUCUCGUUUUGAACCUUGAUGUCGAGAUCUAAAUUACUAAUGGUUUUAAAAGUAAUUCAAAUUUUGAGUCUCCUCUUUAAAAAGCUCUCGUCACUAAACUAAAAGUUUUGGUAAUGAGAGCUUCAUAUUAAAAAAUACAAUGACCACAAUCAAUUGGGCCAAAUGUGCGAAAUUACAUCUCACUUUAUGAAUUUUGAACCAAAGAACGAAUUCAUUCUCUGUGCUUUGUUUUGAAACAUCUUUAACUGUAAUUUCAUUCGAAUAAAGUUGGCUUUUUAACGGAAAAUAAUCUCGUUUUGUAUUUUUUAAAAAUGAGCCGGAGCCACUCUCGAAUUUGUCCACACCGAUCAAAAGCGCCUAUCUUUGUUGUGUUUGAGACUAAUGUCAUACGUACGAAAAUCUUCCCAUGGGUAAAAGGCGACAUAAAUUAGCUUCGAGUGUUAUUUACCCACAUUUCUGUCGUUAUCUACCUCUGUUUGCCGUAUAAUUUACUCAGAUAACACUUUGCAUGUUUCUUACGUUCAAUCUGGCGUCGUUUAUAAAGAACGUGUGUAUCAAGUUAUGACUUCUGUGGGGAAUCAACAUGUUUUCUUGUGGUUUAAUUAGCAAGGUUGUUUUAUCGAUAAAUAAUAAAACGUUGAAGAAAUCAAAAGUUAUGUUGUGAUUUCGGUUUGUGUGUUACACGACACCGGUAAACUUCUGAGACCAAUCGAAGCAAGGUGCAUAUUGACGCGAGACAUCAAUUCUGCGAGAUAAGGACAAAGCGGUAUUUUUCUUGUAGAUCAACUAACUUCAUAGGUUGCCAUUGUGCAUCAGAUAGUAUAAGCUAAUUUUGAUUAAAGUUUUAAAAUCGUGACUUUCAUAUCGUGUUUUAUUUCAACAUCUUUUCCAAUGGGAACUCGAUGCUGCAAUUUUUUUGUUUGACGAUUGACAAAAGCUCAGUUUUUCUCAGCUUGCUUUGAAGCUUACGGUUCAAUGUAGUUGUUCUUUUGUAAAGACAAAAAGACGCAAAACAAUCAUGGUCUGUGUUUUUGGGCAUUAGAGCCAGAAUUAUGCGUUUGAAUACUGUUUACGCUUUUUCUUUUCUUUUAUAAAUCUUCCAAUCCUGUUGCUCAGCCGAUUGUACAAGAUCGGCUUUCUCAGCUGGAAAACUUUCAAAUAUCCGCAAAAGCUCACGCACGUUUGAAAAAAGACAAAGAAAAACUCUACGCGCUGUCUCGAUAAACCAUACUUCUCAAAGCCUCUUUUAUUUUCUUUGUUGUUUGAAACACGUUAGGGACUAAAUAAAUAACAGUAUCUGUGAAUGUAAUUGCCUUAGUAGGAAUCCCUGUUAAUAACAAUCACUCAACAUCUGACUGAGAGGUUCAUUUAGCAUUCUUGAGCAAGGAAAAAAAAGUCACGCUCAAUUCACUUCAAACCUGCAUGAUAAGCACAUGUUUUGUAUGUGACUGCACCAUUGGUGCUGAAAACUUUAGCUUAUGAUAGCUAGUGACUUUUUAAACAACAGGAUUUGUAAAUGUAACAAAAUUGAAAUAGUGAAGUGAAGUUAACUUGUGGAUGUUGUUGAUAGAAGACAGUGGGUGUUCAGGUAUCAAGUUUUACAGUCCAUUUAUGUCUGUAAUGUCCUAAGGUGCAUGUUGCUUGCUCCCUUGCCAGUUCUAACACUUGGUUUUAUAAUGCUGUAAGGGUAUGGCAAUGAAAAAUUCUCGGACCCAUUUUUUCAAAUGCUUGGGUCUUUGUUUCUGUAUUGGUCUUCUGUUAUCAAGGUUUCUUGAUGGCUUUCCUCCCCCAUUCUAACUUCGAACAUUUGUCAAAAUUGCACAUUUUAGUGCAAGGGAAGGUAUUAAUGUAUUUUCCUAUUUACUAUCAAGUCACUUGAGAUGUCAAAGAUGUUUUAGUUGUUCUUACUUUAUUGGGCUUGUGCAUAUACAUUAGUGCUCUCGCAGGAACCAUUUGGGUCACCAUUGAGUGUAGAGAAAAGUUUUAGGGACUAAAUUAUUCUGUGAAAGUUGAUAAAUCUCUGACCUGUAUUUGGCGGUCAAGUACAUUUGGCAAGCUGUAACAUUUUAAUUUUUUUAAUUUUUAUGAUAUGCUAGUAUUCUUCAAAAAAAUUGAAAUUCUUCUGUUUGGUAAUCUGAUAAAUGUAGAAAUCUUCAGAGAAACUGGAAAGUUUAUUUUUUAUUGUCGACUCAAACUAUCAUCAGUGAUCUUCAGCCCUUUUAUUGUUAUACUUUAUAUAAAUAAUGUCACCAUUCAUGAUCCAAUAUAUCUUAAUAAGUAUUAUGAAUAUCCCAACAUCCAAUUAAAACAAACAGGGAACUGCUAUUCAGAACCCCAAUAUGUUCUUUGUAUGAGAGUUUCAAAAUCUGGUAAGGUAGAAGAUAGAAGCAUGAUACGCUAUUAAAUGUAAAAAGCACAUUUGGUGUAAAUGUAUGGAUGAUUAUUCUUCUCAACUAUGUAACUUCCAGAAGUAAUUAACAUGAAAUUUCUCCCUGAAAUAUCCAUAAAGUAUCCAGCAAACAGGUAAUGAGAAUAUUCAAACUUAUCAACUAAUUUACAAGAAAAUUUGAAGCAGCAAGAGGGAAUAAUUAAUAAUCAGAUCCUGGGAGUUAAAGGGUUCACUUUGAUAUUUCUUAAAUUGUAAAGGUGACCAAACAGAUGAAUCAAAAUGCUUGAAAUCUCAUGUGCAUGUACUAGGUAUAUUAUUCGAAGGAACACACGUAUCCUGUUUAAUGUUUUUAUCAGAGACUGCAUGUGAGUAAUAUGACCUUUUGUGUAUUUUCUUUUAUGUCUCAGAUUUUUGGUGGAGGCCAUGAGUGUAAUCAGCAUUGAUUGACAGUCUUUUUAAUUUCAAGCUUGGAGAUGAGAUAUCAAGGAAUGGGACAGUCAUCUGUCACUGUGUUCAUAUUAUGUUGCAUGUGGAUCCAGACUGCUAAGGGUCAAGGUAGCCUCAUUGUUGUAUUUUAUGAAUAUUGUUUUAUAGCAAUCAGGGGGAAACUGUCUGUGCACAAAAAGAAAUCAAAUAUUGGAGUUCAGAGGGGUUUUUGAUGGAAAUGGAAUUUAUUUGAUUUGUGGUUUCUUCUCUCAAGGACCAAGAUUUACCAUUUAAUAUGCAUUUAUCUUUAACACUGGGAAUUGCAAAUCACACUAGUUAAAAGUCAUUUUGAUCUUAUCUUCAUCCAGUCAUUCUAAUAGAAUAAAUAUUAAUAAAAGGAUGGAAAAUGCAAGUCAUUUGGAAAUUAUUGUGAACCUCCAAGAGCCUAUACCACUUGUUGGGCUUAAAAUCAAAGAACAGUUGCUCUCCAUAGUCAGUAUUCUGGGUAGCAGACAUUUUUUUCUGAUAGAUAGGCCUCUCCUAUGUUAAUUUUCUUUCUAAAAUUUUCUUUUACCUGUUAAAUAAAUUUUGUCUCUUCAUGGUCGUAGCCCUAGCUUUUGAUAGUGUUGCAUCUUUGUAUGGAUAAACAGCAAUUUUUCUGAUAUAAUGCUUGGUUAGCCCUUUCCAUCCUGACGUCAGUAUGCAUAUUUUCCAUACUGUUCUAUGCACAUUUGAUAACAUGCUGACAAGGAGAAUUUGUUUAAUAAUCUGGAGCUUAUUUGGUUAGUGAUCAUUUCCUUUAUUCUCAUGACCACAAUGUUUGAUUCAGGGGUGAUAAUGUAAAUAGAAAUUAGCUGUUAACCACUCUUAGUGGUCUAAUGGUUGAUGCUCACAAAGUAUUUAACUAGCCAACACUUCUUUAUUAUUCAUCUUUGUGUCCUUACACUUCAGGACGCAAACCUGUUAUCACGGAACAUCCUUCUGAUGCUGUUGUUCUUAAGGGGUCACCAACUGAACUGAAAUGUAGUGCCUCUGGAUCUCCCACACCAUCAAUUUCCUGGUUUAAGGAUGGAAUUCCUAUAUCAAGUGAUAAGAGUGGGAGAAGAACGAUUCUACCUGAAGGAAGCCUCUACUUUGUGCGAACUGUGUCAAAUAAGCGGAGAAGAUCUGAUAGUGGUACUUAUCAAUGUGUGGCUAUCAAUCGCUAUGGUACAGCACGCAGCCAAAAAGCAACUUUGUUGAUUGGAAGUAAGUGAUUAUGUCAUAUGAUGCAGCUGCUUAUAUCACCAACAACUUUUCUUUUCAAAAAUAGUGUAACACUGACAUUAACACAAUUUGAUCACCUAUAUGUGGCAAUUUUGUAUAAUGUUAUUACUAAUAAUAAUCAAUUAUGCACAAUCUCAUCUUCUAGCGCUGAAGAAAGUGUUCCGAUCAAAACCUUACAACCAAACGGCAUAUCCUGGAGAGUCAGUUGUUAUGAAAUGUUCUCCUCCAAGGGGUUACCCUGUUCCUACUGUUUCUUGGUUACAUAAUGGCCUCCCUGUUACAAACACAAGUAGGACAUUCAUUUCACCUAAAGGAAACUUGACAAUUUCUUCAGUUACUGAGGCUGAUCAAGGAACCUACGUGUGUAAAUCAAGCAGCCCUCUUGGGAAACAAAACAGCAACAAAGCAUGGCUUACUAUUGGUAUGUAAAAAUGUUGAUUAAGAUUGUUAUCAAUUUGUAUUAAAUUGCUUCCUGUGGGAUGAGAUAGUUAAGUUUUUUUGCAAUUGUUAUAAGCAGACCUCAGAAAUAACAGUUAUCUUAUAGCUAUUUAAAGCUUGAAUGUAAAUGUAAGUGCUUUUUGUUGAAGGUUUUUUCUUCUCUUUAGAGAAACCAGGCAAACCCCUCACUGUCAAACCAACUUCGCAAAAUGUGCUCACUGGAAUGAAUGCAACUUUCCAAUGCUAUUACAGAGAUGGUCCUCAGGAUGAAGUUAUGUGGGAAAAAGAAGAUGGAUCUCUGCUUAGUUCAAGGCAUGUUGUGGAAAAAGGAUUCUUGACAAUAGAAAAUGUGACAGUGCAAGACAAAGGAACUUAUGUCUGCAGAGUAAAAACAGGUGCACAGGACCUUACACUUCAAGUCACUCUCAAGGUUAAAAGUAAGUAUUUGCCAAGAGAUGAGCUGCGAUUUGUUUUUGUUUUGUUUUGUUCUUAUUCAAGAUGUUAAACGAUGCAGAUACAGUUACUGUUAGUAAUAACUUAUUAUCAAAAUUUAUGGAAUGAAUUGGUCACUUUGGGGAGAUUCAAAACAUGAAAGGAUUCUGAAAGUAGUCACAGAGUUCUCUUAACACUUGGCACUUGGAUAUGUAGUAUAUGUACAUAUAUACAUAUAUGUUAUUUGCUGGCUGGGAGGUCCGUAUGGUGAAAAACUGUGACCGAGGUCUUGAAAAUACUGCCCGAGGCCGUAGGCCGAGGGCAGCAUUUUCAAGACCGAGGUCACAGUUUUUCACCAUACGGACCGACCCUUAGCCGGUAAAUAACAUAUUUAUUGUUUUUAAACUUGACGAAAUUCUUUCCGAAAGAACCCGAAUGAUUUAUGGCCGUAAAUACGGCAAGAUCUUCCAUAAACUGAAUAAUUUUUGAGUGAGUAAAUGGUAGUUAAAAUAGAAGUGAUGCAAAUUUAAGAGAGAUGCCUCAGCGAAACAUUUUCAUUUCCGUAACGAUGAAGGUGAUUUAAAAGGCUUCCAAACAAAGUUGGAAACAUUAUUUUUAAAACUAUCUGUCACAAUCUGACACCUGUCAAUUAGAGAGCGCGUAAGAAAAAAAAAAAAAAGCAAGAAGAUUUGAAAAACAACGGAACUAGUUUGGCAAGGACUGUCACGACAAUGUUUUCUUCAAAAACAAUCAAUGAUAUAACUGAAAGUAUUAUUCACUCUCAUCGACGAUUCAUUCAUGUACGAAGAUUUACCUCUGUUCAUUAAGUAAACGGCGAGGAAAGUAAUUGUGAGUAAAUUCAAAUUUUUUAUUUUGAAGUUGUGAGAGUUUGCUCGUUUGUUUGCUGCAACGGCGUGUGUAAAUCUGGUCUUUCCUCCACAAAAACUGAAUUCGAACGGCACACUCCAACGAGACACUAGGGGAUUUAAUGCGGCCUUUUCUCAAUAAAUUCCUUCAGUUUCUGUUGUGCAAUUUAUGGUCCAAAUGUCCAAAUUGAACGGACUUUGAAAGACUCACCGAGAGCAUAUAUUUAUUGUCGAACUGAAAUUAAAACUUCGCUUGCUCUUUUACUACGAACAAAUUGUUUGAGAAAAUUCAGACAUUAAAUGAAUGAAAGUUCCAUUGUUCAGUUUACCUGUAACCAAAUACCUCACGUUUUAACUUUCUAAGUACUUUUUGUGAAUGAUUAAAAUCAAUUGCAGACGGUUUUUAGGCCGCUUGUCAACCGACGUAAUGACACCAUUGCCUAUACAAAUUCAUUCUGAAACCAAUAUUUUUUGUCAACUAAAUUGAUUUGAGAGAGAGAAAGAGAGGAUUCUUAAGUCGGCUUGAGGUAGUGACCGAUGUGUUUGCUUAAAAAUACUGCCCAGCGGGCAAAACGAGGUAUAUUUAUGAAAAAUGGCAACGAAAGUUGAGAUGUACACGGCAACUCACGAAAGCGUUACCGUGGCCCGUGGGCAGAGAUAGGAAAAUACUGACCGGGUAAAGAACCAAUCAGAUUGCAGGAUUCGUUACCGUGCCCUCUAAAAAAACAAUAAAUUUUGAUAUCCAUUGAUUUGGAUACAGAUUACCCAGGAAAGAAAGAAUUACUUGUUGUCUUCAUAACCCUGAGGUUUUCUUACUAACUUGUUUUCACAAAAAGUUUAACUUUUUGGAAGAGUGCUUCUCUAAAGGAGUAGAGAGGCUCACAUAGAAAAGUUUGAUUGUAAUUGGUUGUUAGUUUUAUACAGAGGUAAUAUUACUCUGUAUAUUUUCUCACAAGAAACUGGUGAUUAGGAAUCUUACUAAAUAUUUACAUUUCUUGUUAAAUUUCUUUCAGCUAAACCAAGAAUUGUUCAACCUCCAGGGGAUGUUAUUGUCAAGGAGGGAAGCCCAGCUAAGUUUGUUUGUAAUGCCACUGGAGAUCCUCAGCCAACUGUAAUCUGGGAAAAACAAGGGAAAGACUCAUCCUCUAUGUUCCCAGCAAUGAAAUAUUAUGGUGGUAGAUUCUCUGUUUCAAGCUAUGGUCUCUCCUUGGAUAUUUCUAGAGUAGAGAAGCAAGAUGAAGGGGUGUACACUUGUUGGGCAUUGAUUCCUGGUGCUACUAUAUCUGCUGAUGCAACACUUACAGUCAUUGGUACGAGCGUGAUCUGAUCUUUGUGUUUUUAUUUAUACUAAUUGACCUUUAUCCUCUCUGGGAAUUUGAAGCAUAAUUUAACAUUCAACCGAUGUGUGAAAUGUAGUUUGCACUUACAGGGCGUGAAAUUAACUUUUUUUUCUGAUAGCCACGUGGCUCCUAAAUUCUUCAAAGUGGUAACCAAUUCAAAAAAAAGUUGGUUGCCAUUUUCAAAGACAAACAAAAUCUUUCUUUAUGCUAUCAGCGUUCUAGAUAGACCCAAAAUUGAGUUAGGGAAAAGAUCUUUAUUGUGCUACAAAGUGGACACUAGGAUGUAUGAUAUACAACGUUCAGGCUCAUCUAAAUCCAAGAUGGCGUCUAGUUAUUGACCGAGAUGCAUGUGCUACGUUUUGGAAACAAACUUAACGAGGAAGUUUGCCACUGAUUUAUCUUUGCAAAUUUAUUUAAUUCACUAUAUCUCUUAGUAAGGUUAUGAUGAAACGUUGUAGUCGCCAAUUUGGCGACUAACUUUCAGGAUUUGGUCGCCAAAGUGAACAAUUUAGUCACAUUGGCGCCUGUAUUAGGCGCAAUUCACGCCCUGACUUAUUAUUUAUUUUUAAGACCAAGCUUUGGAAACUGAAGUUCAGUUCUUUUAAAUUAAUAUUUAUCAUUGAUGAUAAGGUAUUAGGCAUACAAUAAUUUUUAGAUCUGAUAGAAUUUGUAGAGGAUCAUUACUAUUAUCUCUAAAGGUUCCUGUGCCAUAUAAAAGCACCUUUUAAUUUGGUUAAGGUAAUCAUGGCAAGUGAGUCAUCAAGAGAAUCUGUGUGGUUAUCCUUGACCUGAUUCAAAUUAGUGCACGGUUUAAAGAAAAACUGUGCAUGUCCUGAUUUCUGGAGUUUUGCCUUUAGGACCCACAGAUAUUGUGCCAUCAGUCGUGACAGGUCCACUUAAUCAAUUGGUGGAUGAAGGAACAAAUGUAGAUUUCUUCUGCGAAGUGAAAGGCAGCCCUGAGCCAUCUGUCAGCUGGUUUCUGAAUGAUGAUGACUUUUCACUGCAGAGUACAGCUAGGAUUUCAAUAACACAGACUGGUUUGACCUCACGCCUGACCAUUUCUAAAGCAACUGUGAAUGAUAAAGGAAUGUACAAAUGUGUUGCCACUAGCAAAAUUGGAACUGCCUCAGAGGAAGCAGAGCUAAAAGUGAACAGUAAGUUUUUUGUUGUAGAAAGAUCUCAACCUUGAAUUCAGUGAGUAAACUGAAUUUUCCUCUAUAAUCCUAAUUGUUGCAUUUCUCUCUCUCUCUCUGUCUAUUCAGAAGUGAUCAUUACUACCACAUCCCCUCCUACAACGAUGCCAACACCAAAACCCACACUUCCUCCUUUGGAUGUAGUUGUGACUUCUGUGACACACAACUCUGUGGAUUUAGCAUGGAGUUCUGUGACUUCUUCAGAUGUCUCAGACAUCAUGUACGUAGUGGAGUUCCGCAAAAGGAAUGGCAAGCAGCCAUGGAAUACAGCUGUAAGCUCCCUGAAGGAAGACAAGCUUACUGUUAAAAACCUGGAAUCUGAAACAUGGUACUUGUUCAAUGUACGAGCAGUGGGCCCAGAUGACAGUACUCUCACAAAACCUUUAAAACCACUGUCUCAUAGGACCAAGAAAGCACCAGUGGUAGCCAUAAGUAAGUUAGAUAUUACAUGUGUAGCAAAUUUAUUGGUUAUUUUCCAUGAUGAUACUGGUUUGUGUACCAUGAAGCAACUUGAAUUUUUGCCCCUGCUCCAUAAGUGGGAAGAUAGUCCAUUAUCAGUACUUCCCCCCCCCCCCAGGCAUUUUUCCAGGUUUCCUUGGCAUUCAUAGGUACUCUUGGUUCCAGGAAGGCACAGAGAGUGUAAAGUAUCUUGUGCAAGAGUCAAUUAUGAUCAUGAUCAGGCCUUGAUGAUCAGAACUUUUAGUGGAAAGGUGUACCAACCUAGUAGGUUGUUAGAAUUUCUUCUCUGUUUAGUGGAAGCAUUGAAGUAAAGAGAGAGUUUUGUUCCAAAAUGAUCCAGGAAGGCUUGGAGAAUGCUAAUAUGGAUUCUGUGGGACAAUAUGACAUGAAUUAAUGGUUUGAUUACUUUUGAUUCCAGAACCAUCUCUUACUGUGGACCAGUGGAAAAAUGUAAGAAUCGAUAUUGAUGCAAAACCUGCUGGACAUAACAAGAUUAACAUAUCAUGGACUGUAAGUAAAUGAAAAGCUUAUAUCACGAGAGCUUAGCUGUUACGUUGAAAAAUAGCACUGGAUUCAAAGUAGAAAUAGCCUUUUCUUUUCUUGUUCAAAAGGAGUUGUUCAGAACUGAAGUUCUUCUCUUUUUUCCACCAAGGUAGUGAAAGUGAUUCAAAAGAAAUAUGAAACUAUCAGUAACACUUUCUCGUAAGGUUUGGAACCAAAUCAACUAGUUAAACCAACUAUUUUCUUAAUUGUUUAUUGAAGUAGCCUUUUCCAGUGGUGGAGGAGUGAAAAAACGAGGGAGGCUGGGGUGACCCGACCCAAACUCUCUCGUUUCCAAAAAAUCUCGGAUGUCUGCAGAAAGAGAAUUACGUAUUUGACCAGUUCUUCACUUGCUUCGGUACUACAGUACAAUUAAAUUUAAUUUACAGUGUAGUGCCACGACUAGAAACUUCUGUAAAAUUAAAUUUUUUUUGUGUGUGUGUGUGUGUGUGCAUGCAGAUUUCAGAGCCAAUGGUUGGAACAAGGGCAGUUAUUUAUUGGAGGAAGAAAGACUCUGAUGUGUUUUACAUUACUCCUAAUACUUCAUUUGGAUCGUCAUACUCACUGAAUGGCCUUCAGGCUAAUACUAGUUAUGAAAUUCAAGUGCAGAUCAUGAAUAAACAACACAAAGGGCCAAAGAGUGACUCUGCUUUCGCUAAAACACUUGCGAAGCCGAAAGGUGAGUUAAAAAGGGAAAACAUUGUCCUCAAUAGCCUACUUUCGAUAUGUUAAAAUUUAGUGCUAAAAAGAGAAGAACAAAUCAUGUGGCUCCAGGGAAUAAACUUUAAAGUUUGUAGAGUUUUCUCUGUGGAGCCUUGUGGAUAAUCGAAGCUAUGUGGGGGGAAUGUUUUGUGAUCCAGGAUUGCGUUGGAUUGCGGUCGGUUGUUUUAGAACGCUCCGUGAUCGUAAUCGGUCCAGAAAACUUGCGCUACACUCUUCAGUCAAUCAGAUUCAAACUAAAACCAAUCGCGACUUGGUCAUGCGCAUUUUGUGUAGUUUUCUUGUUCUUACUCUGAUUUCUCAUUGGCUCCUUGUUAUAUAGUCCUUUUUCUAAUUGGUUGUUGCAAUUAUUUCGGUUUUGGCUCUACCACCCUCAUAUGAAAACCGCGUUGUCUUCUCAAUUUUUCCUCCAUAGGUGUUGACGUUGUAUCUAGUGGGGGAGAAAUACCCAUAACAGACCUUGUUGGCUCCGACGGAGAAGUCAGUGUAGUUGAAGCGCGUACCGACUCAGAUGACACCUGGUAUAAGAUAAAAAUGUUUGUACGUCAGCCAUGGUUCAUUGGUACUAUGGGUGCAGUUGCUUGGGUAAUCCUCUUAGUCGUGGUACUGCUGUUGUACAGACAGAGGCGACAUAGGAAGAAGCCAAAAAAAGCCCUGACCUCAAACGGUAGGUUUUUCUUGCCUCUUCACGGUAACAUCUUUUAUUUUUGCACUUUCCAUGUACAACAAAACUAGUCCGAGGAGCAUCGAGAUAUGAUGUCUAUAUUAAUCAAGGGAGGUCGUGGAAUUUGAUAUUUUCACUGUCCAUUUAGUUAAAAUCCCAAACGCCUGCACUGAUCGAACAUUUUCACCCAAAUCUUUCAAGCUAAAUGAGAUUGUGAUUUGACUUUAUUUUUUCUUUUUAGUGUGUUUACCUGCUGACAGCAUGCCAGGGAGUCCAGGGUAAGUCUUGCUUUCUUAGUAUAGGUAAAUGGAAGGUUUGAAUUUUGAUGACCCCUUUUCCACGGAACGAUGCAAUACACGUAUUGAUUCAGCUACGUUACUCACUCUUGGUGCAAUUUCAAAGGUUUAGGCCAAAUUUUUUAGCGGGUCACUAGCAAUUCAUUUGAAUCUUGUUCAUUCUUGAUCAUCUGUAGUUCAUUGCUCCCUUGUCACACCAAACCAAUAUCUAGUAGAUUUCUUCAAACUGAGAGCGGUUUUGUAAGGCGUAAGAUAGAAAACAUUGUAAAACAAAUCACGGUAGCGAGCGAGUUUUCUUGACCUAUCACGGUUCGAAGUAAAGCAUAACUAGGGCAAUCCUGGAAAUUGCCCAAUUAUUGAUGUAUAAUUGUAUUUUUGUCUUUUCGCAAAAGUACCCGUGCUUCAAAGUUCUUGUGGAUGGAAGAGCGAAAUUCAGACCCAACUCACCAACUCACCAAUAACAGAUCUAGCGACAGCUCAACUUCCGAUUGUACACGUCAAAUGGCAAAUUGCUGCCGAGGGAGAGGAGGCUCGUCUAGUAACAGUCCUGACUUCUCCAAUAAAAUUUCUUUGAACCAGUUGUCAGGUAGGAGAAUUGUUCUUCUUGAAGUAAUCUGUUAAAGAAAAAAAGUGAGAAAAAGGAAAUGUUAGUUUUUAAAGAAAGAUUGUAUAUUAUAGGACAAGUUUGAUGAAAGCAUUAAGCUUGGGUUAACAACAAAAGACUCUAAAUAGUGACAACUUUAUCUUUGCAAGAAGUACGAAGUCGUUUUGAGUUAAUCAGAACGCACGACGAAAGCACGUGACGCAUUCGUGACAAAUGCGGGAAAACGCUGCGGGAAUCAAUUCGUGAGAAGCUCUUGGCUUUAAUCUCCUUGACUUGAAACUCACUUUUGUUUCCGAUUGGCUAGCAUGAUACGAAACUCAUAGGAUCGUGGAAGUCUGUGUUUCCAUUUGCUUUUGCACACGAGAAAUAGGUAUCACGUAAUGUCUGUCUUCUUGCCUUAAUGUUUGAGUUUUUUAAAAAUUAUUAUUAUUUGAUCACCUCUAUUAGGCAGCGGAAAUCGGUUGGAUACGAACCACUACAGCCCGGCUGAUGUACAGCAAGGCAAAAGUAACAACAUACCAAACUCAAAAUAUCACUAUCAAGAGCAUUUGAACAAGAGCAACAAGUUCUUGGAUUCACCGCCAAAUCGUGAGUACAUCUUACUUUAGUUUUUCGAAGUACCACAACCCAAGCAUAAUGGCCAAUUAGAACAGAGAUCAGUCAUUAUUAGCCAAUUAGAACCAAGAACCAAGAAGAAAAGACAAACUGCCAAAAGGGCGGGAAAACGCGGGAAUGAGGUAAAGCGAAAACAGUGGAGUUUCAGAUUACUUUUGACACUUAAUUGACUACUAAAAUUUUUGAGACUUGGAAAAUUUCAUGAUAUCGGAAACGAGCUCUAUUAUGCUCUUUUUAUCGAGUCAAGGCCGCACACAGGGUGUAGUAAGACUGUAACUCAAGACGUUUUACAUUUCUCCUACAGGGUAUGCCACACCCAAUGGAUCUCGGAGUCCCUCAGAAAGCACUCUCCCGAAGAGCGGGACCAAAGAAAGAAUCCGGUACCUGGACUUCCCUGAGAGUGGCACGAACAGGAGCAAAUCCAGCACGAGUUCAAGGAAAAGAGACCCGAACCAGGCACCUAGUGACUCCAGCGACACGGAGAAGACCAAACCCAAGCUUAAGAUUCAGUCUUUUGAGAUGGCUGGAAAUAUUCCCACCACUAGUACCUUUCAUUCUGAACCGCCUCCGACUUACGAGGCUGUCUUAAAAGAAACAGAAAUGGAGAUGCAGAAAUUCCCGCUGACCACCGCCGAAAGGGUGGAACAAAUCGAGAGUAAAAACGAGGAAGAACAAGACUCCUCUGCGAAACCCGAUGCUUCUGAUGCUCGAAAAUCCCCAACUUUGGAGAGACCGGCCAGUCCGAGUAGCGAACGAAGCUGUAAAACUUCAACCAGUUGCGGCUCGCUUCAAAGAAAAAGGAAGGCUCUCAAACCACCUCCGCGUCUAGCUAUCUUCAACUGGGCGGAUAUGCUGCCCCCACCCCCUUCAGAGCCACCACCGAGCAGCUUAGGAUCCCCACCCCCCUCCCCACCGUUCAGCGAACGAAGUGCCAUGACAGGCAUGACAGGAAGGACUGGUAUGAGCGGUAUGAGUGCUAUGAGUGGAAUGACAGGUAUGAGCGGAAUGACUGGAAUGAGUGGCCAGACAGGAUUGAGUGGUAUGACAGGAUUAACAGGAAAAACCGGAAUGAGCGGGAUGAGUGGUGUCACUGGGAAGAGUGGACUGACGGAACCUCACGGCCAUUCGGGGAGGCGGGCACAGAGAAAGGCUGGAGCCGCUUCUCAUGACGGUGAAAACGACCGCGAGUCUGUGACGGGAAAAUCUGAGAAGUCCAAGAAAUCCCGAUCGAAGCCGAAGCCUAUUCCGAUCGACCUCGAGGGCAUUACGAGUGACAUCAUCAUGCAAUGGGCCGAGUCUGUGACGAACACUAGCGGUUCCGAUGAGGAAUCGUCGGCCUCAAGCCCAAGCCGAAUAAGUGGCAUUAGCAGUGAUGGGUCUUUCUUUACUGACGCGGACUUUGCUAAUGCUGUUCGUGUUGCCGCUGAAUGUGGUGGGUUUAACACGGAUGCUUAUGGACUCAUGGACUCACUCGGCAUACCUCCCCCUUAUGCUGCGGGCUGGAAACGCAGCAAUUCAUUUUCUAAUGAUAACGAAGCUAGCCUUGGAACCGCGGCUGCGUAUGGCCCGCGUCCCCUUAGAAAAAGAUGGGAAACUGGUAGCGAAGGUGACUUAGAGUAUAAUCCACCACCUAAUCGAGUACGUCCCAGGCAAAGACGAGACAACGAAAAGGGUCCCAAUGAGAAGGGACUUAACGAUACAGGACCGGUGCGCAUCCAGAGAGUGCCCCCUGGUGAGCUUAUCAGACAACUUCCCGGUAUGCGAGCCCCUGUACCUAUAGUACCCUCACAGCCGAGGAGACCACUUCAUAGGGUUGCUCGGCCAGGGGGGCCGCCCCUGCAGACGAACCCGGCCAUGCUGGUGCAGCCCUUGAAGAAGACAAUGACACUUGGCGUGGUUGACCCUCGGGAACCGCUUAAGAAAAAGUACGCCAUUGUGAAGAAGAUACCUCAAAGUCAGGAAAACGAGAGAGGAACUGGGUAUCAGAGUUGUAGCAUGAGUUCAAGCAAAUCAAGUACAAGUACGGCCAGUACUGUGAAGAGCAGUUCCUGUGCUCCAACCGUACAUGAUGACUCUGACCUGGAAGGGGUAAGCUGACGAUUAUUUUGACUAAUAUCUGAAUUCUAUGCAUGGUGUCCUCACAUUUUAAAGGUAAAGGUGACGAUAGGAAUUAAAAUUUCAAGGUUGGCAGCAUAGCCGCCUGUCUUUGCUAGUGAACUUUGGUUCAGAUAAUAUGCGAAGCUGUUGUAUUCGCAUGCUUUCCCUAAUUAAAUGUCAAUUAUUUUUUUUUCCCUUUCGUCCAAAAUUCGUUUGCCAGGAGUGCCUUUUAGUAGGAAUAUUUUCUUUUAUUGAUCGAUUAUUUCCUUUUCCUUUUCCAGUCGGUGGCAUAACUAUAAAGCAAGAUAGCUAUAUGGCAAUGGAUAGAAGAAUUGGAGCUUUGUGACUGCUUUUCUUUUCCAAAUACAUAAAAAUUAGAAGCGUUACUCCUAUGUUUUAAUGCGAAGCGUUCACAAACAGUAUUUGGUAACUAUUAGUUCGGGUUAAAACAGUUGCGUAUGUUUUUUGUUCAAGACAUGGAGUUACCAGAGUUGCUUGUCCUCAAAGUAACACUGGAAAAUUUUAUAACUUAAAAUUUUGUACUCAAAUAUAGCGUUUUUGUGGCAUUAUACAGCGGUAAACUGAUUGUUUUGCUUCCUACAUUUUCAAGCUACAGUAUUAUGAAAUGGGAUCUUUAUAUAGAUUUGUGUAGAUAAAUGUACAGAUCGACUGGAGAACAUUUGUCCCGGGAAUUUGAAAGGAGAAUUCCUUUUUACUUCUCUCCUAAUAGUCAAAAUUUUAUUUUACAGUGAGUCAAUAUAUUAUUGGCUGGAAUUGACGUUUGGAGAUCAGAUGGUGCUCAUGAACACGCUUUAUUGUAAUACACAACUCUAAAUUUAUUUCUUUUCGUUGGUACUCCAUGCGAGACGCUAAAAGAGAUAAAAAGCAUUUAUUUUUCAUGAUAUAAAAUUAUAGGCAGAUUUGUAAAGGAAAAAUGUGAUUUGUUUUUUUUUUUUAUGAUUGAAUUUUAUACAUUGACAAUGAAAGUGGAGAUGCGCCAGGUCUCACUCGCGUGGUCAUAGAUAUCCCAAAAAUAUGUACGAUCCGAUUUUUAAUUUUGGCAGAAUUUAAAAGAAUAAUAUUUGAAUUGUUUUGUAUAAGAGAAAUUGAUGUUUACUUUAGAAAAUUCCAAAUAACGUUUUCCAAAGAAUGUACUCAUAUUCAAAAACAGCAGACAGUAAAAUAUAAUAACGUUAUUUUAUUUAAGAGCUUUAAAGCCUUCGUUUAGUUAGCAUAUCUGUUCCUGGUAAGUAUUUUUAAUGAAUCAUUUGGAUUUUGGCAUAAGCGACAUUGUAUGAACAACAAUGCAGUAAACAAUAAAUUGCUAAUUACCUUG